AUGGAAGAUACAUUGGGUUUAGGAGACAAACAGGAGACCCAGAGUUGGCAAUUGGUUGAUGAUGGCGAUCUAUCAAGAACUGACGUUUCACACGGAUCGAAAUGGAGUCACCUGCAAGUGAUACCGAAGAGUAUAUUAAGUCUUUUAACUCCGGUAGCAGCAUGGGGCCCUAGAAGUUAUAACCUGAGGCAGCUAAGGAAGAAAUUUGAUUCAAGAAAGAGAAUAUUACGUCUUUUUACUCCGGUAGCAGAAUGGGGCCUUAGAAGUUAUAACCUCAGAAAGCUGAGGAAGAAAUUCGAUUCAAGACAGUAUGUGCAGUCUCAAGCACCAAGAGAUCUUCGUCGCAAUUUAAUCGAAAAGAUAGAAAAGACAUCAUACAAAUUGGACAUUAUUUACGAAGAGAGGAGACGAAGAGUCACGUUUACAAUCUUUAAUUAA